GAUCUCUUAGCAACAAGAAGCACCUGCAUAAAAGAUGCUACAGAGAGUGAUCACCAGAAAUCCUAUCCAGACCUUUAAGAGGAGCACAUCAGCAGCCAGGACAGCACUCUCCACAGGCAGAAAUCCAGAAGUAACAAGAAGACACAGCAAAGCAGAGCCUCUUGGAAGAGAUGCUCCUGGAAACCCUGAAUCCGAUGCACUACAACAUCACCAGCCUGGUGCCAGACACGAUGCCCGUGGCCACAGUGCCCAUACUCAUCCUCAUGUGCUUUCUCUUUCUAAUAUGGACUCAUGAAGAGACUUCAUCAAUACCAGGGCCAGGAUAUUGCAUGGGAAUCGGUCCCCUCCUCUCACAUGGGAGAUUUCUCUGGAUGGGAGUAGGGAAUGCCUGCAACUACUACAAUAAGACAUAUGGAGAAUUUGUGAGAGUUUGGAUCAGCGGUGAAGAAACAUUUAUAAUUAGCAAAUCCUCAAGUGUGUUCCAUGUAAUGAAGCAUUGGCAUUACGUGUCCCGAUUUGGGAGUAAGCUUGGAUUACAGUGCAUUGGCAUGUACGAGAAUGGGAUCAUAUUUAACAACAACCCAGCACACUGGAAAGAAAUUCGACCUUUUUUCACCAAAGCUCUGUCUGGCCCCGGGCUGGUGCGGAUGAUCGCGAUCUGCGUGGAGUCAACCAUCGAGCACCUGGACAAGCUGCAGGAGGUGACCACAGAGCUGGGGAACAUCAAUGUGCUGAACCUCAUGAGGAGGAUCAUGCUGGACACAUCCAACAAGCUCUUCCUCGGGGUCCCUCUGGAUGAAAAUGCCAUUGUGCUUAAGAUUCAAAACUACUUUGAUGCCUGGCAAGCACUUUUAUUAAAGCCUGACAUAUUUUUUAAGAUUUCUUGGCUAUGCAAGAAAUACAAAGACGCAGUAAAGGAUCUUAAAGCAGCAAUGGAAAUCUUAAUAGAACAGAAACGACAAAAACUUUCCACGGUCGAAAAGUUGGAUGAACACAUGGAUUUUGCAUCCCAGUUGAUUUUUGCACAGAACAGAGGGGAUCUGACUGCUGAGAAUGUGAACCAGUGUGUGCUGGAGAUGAUGAUUGCUGCUCCUGACACUCUGUCUGUGACCCUCUUCUUUAUGCUAAUCCUGAUUGCAGAGCAUCCCACAGUGGAAGAGGAGAUGAUGAGAGAAAUUGAGAGUGUUGUGGGUGACAGAGACAUACAAAGUGAGGACAUGCCAAACUUAAAAAUUGUGGAGAAUUUCAUUUAUGAGAGCAUGAGAUACCAGCCAGUAGUGGACCUGAUCAUGCGGAAGGCGCUGCAGGACGAUGUCAUUGAUGGCUACCCUGUCAAAAAGGGCACAAACAUCAUCCUCAAUAUCGGGCGCAUGCAUAAACUCGAAUUCUUCCCCAAGCCAAAUGAGUUUUCUCUUGAAAAUUUUGAGAAAAACGUUCCUUCGCGCUAUUUCCAACCCUUUGGGUUUGGCCCCCGGAGCUGUGUGGGGAAGUUUAUUGCCAUGGUCAUGAUGAAGGCAAUCCUAGUGACUCUCCUGAGGAGGUGCAGAGUACACACAAUGAAAGGAAGAGGCCUGAACAACAUCCAGAAAAACAAUGACUUAUCCAUGCACCCCAUAGAAAGGCAGCCUCUGCUGGAGAUGGUUUUUACACCCAGGAGAAACACCAACGAGGAUCAGGGUGAUGGGAUGGAUCAGCACUAAGGUCACAGGGCUUUCUCAAACACUAAGAAAUAUUCACCAUUCUUAGUUAGAUAUAUAAAAUGUUUUGUUGCCCCUAAAUGACUUCAGGUGAUAACUUGUUCUGCCUUUACAGCAGAACCACAAUUGGAAAGACUAAAAGUACAGAAUAGUUUUGUUGUAGACAAUGCCAUGCUAUACAAUUCCUGAUUACUUUCUAAAACCAUAGAGUUCAGACAAAAUUAUGCCUUCCCUUUCAAACACUGCCAGUUCAGAGGGUUGAGGGUCAACAAAUGAACAUACCUGAUGUGUGUUUAAUUCCAGGACUACACAAGUCCCUUUUCUCUCACCUCCCUGAAGCAGGACCUAGCAGUAUUUGACUACAACAAAAACUCUAAUUAUCUGUUUUCAAAACAGCUAGGUAGCUCAUUUCAAGACUAAGAAACAAAAUAUUUAAGACAGCUAUAAGUUGUAAAGAAAUGUUUGAACAAGAAGUCAUUCAAACAUUUCUCUUUACCAUAUUUUGCUGUCUGAUUAAACAGAUACCAAAGAUUUACAGUGUCACACAGAUUUUACCAAUAGCCAGUUUUACCAAAUAGUAAUUUUCAGAGUGCUAGGUAAUAAUGGCAGUUGAGAUAACUGUUCUAUGUUUUUAAAACCCAGUUUCCUGCUGCAGGGAAUUUGUAAAUAUCUUAAUAAAGGCCAGGUGAGAAUGAGAUAGUGAACACCAAACAUUACCACCAUCAUUGCACGGGUGGGGUAACUUUCAGCCCCACCUCCUCACCUGAUUGACUGUAGAAAUUUCCCACUUCAUCUCAGCUUGAGUGAAGGUCAAACUCCCUCUAAGCUGCCUAAGAUGUGCCAAAUCCUUUUUUUAUCUGGUUUUACUUGCUCAAUACUAUUGCAGAGAGUAAGAUUUGGAGUUGCCCAUGUUCCCACCCCACAGCAGGAGACAGUGUCCCUCCCUAAUAAUCCAAAUAACUCCUAGUGCUUCUCCUGUAAGAGCUCUGGGCUGUGUCCUGCUCUCCAGCAUCUUGCUCCAUGCCCACUGAUGUAGAGAGGUUCUGGUUUCCUCUCACAGGAGGAAAAUUUUGCUGGGUAGACACCCAGUGUUUUUUAGCGACAAAGGAGAAAAGUUCUGAAGUAAUAAGCAGAUUUCUAGGAAAUGUUUUUCAAGGUGUUUUGCAUACACAGCUUUUUAUUUUAACUAUAAAACAGGAAAAAAAUUACAACUACUCAACUUUUCUGUUCAGAAUUUACCCAUCUUGAAAUCUGUACAAUCUGGACAUUGAGAUCUCUACUAGCCUAAUGAGGAGCUGCAAGCUUGGUCAAGAAGAAAAAGACCUUCCUGGGUAAAUGAUAGCAUUCCUGGACAAACCCUUUCCACUUUCAUUAAGCUUGAGUUUUCAUACUUUUUGUAACACAAAGAAAGGGAUUUUCCAGAUAAAGUGCCUUGGUAAAGACAACCAACCAAUGUACAAUAGGCUUUAUAUUAACCUGCUCCUUCCAAGUCAUUUAAACUAUAAUAGAAAUCAAGAAAAAAGGAAAAAGGAGAAAAAAUAUGUCUUUACUUUGAAAAUAUAAUUAAAAUUGGUUAAUUAAUCUAUUGCUUCAGACAACUGAUCACAGAUAUAAGUCCAGCAGAGAAAGAUCUAUCCAGCAGCACAGAAAAACUGCACAAACCAAACAAAUAAUCAUGUGCCCCACCCAAAGGUAACGAAUUAGACUGGGAAUGGUGGCAAAGAAGAGGAGCUGCAUACUUAGGGCAAUUCUCAAAACUACAUACGAAUUUUCUACAGUAAUUUUUUUAAAAAUCAAACUUGAAAGCAUUUAUUGAAGAAUUUAUUGAAGCUAGGUUACUCCAUACUCCAUAACUUCCUCCAUAACAUUUCCAUUAUACCAAAAAUUGCAACAGUGAAGUGCAAUCCUGUACCACUUGUACAUACAGACAAAACUGGGCAGCUGAAGACACAAAGAAAUAGGAUUUAAUGGUAAGACUGGAUGGUCUUUUCCAAAUUAAAAGAUUCUCUGUUUCUAGGACUUCUGUUUUUUAGGUCACGAAGUGACAGUGGUAUGAAUCUGUGGAAUAUCUAAUGCAACCUCUGUUUCUACAUGUUUGUACCCUUUAAACUAGGAAAUUGAUACAGCAGUUGGAAGAAGAAAAAACAAGAAACAAAUGCAACCACAUUUCAAAUCUUUUUACUUGUGCUGUAUCAUAAAACACUUCAGGGUACUUCAGUGGGCAAGUAUUUCUUAUUUGCAUAAGAACUCUGAAAAGAAAUCCAUUGAAGGGUUUUUUUUCUUGAGAAUAAACUACUGUCUUAUACACAGGAUACAUAUCUUUGCUUAUUUCACACACAAAACCAAUUCUGUAGUGAUAAUUUACUCUGAUUUUCCCACUUUAUAAUUAUAGGACUCCUCCAAGUAAAAUUUUUCACAAGCUUGAAAUAAAUAAAUUAUCAUUCCAAUUUUGAAGUAAUUUUAUGAAAUCAAAUAGAAGAAAAAUGCAUGCUACUCUGAUUUCUUGAAUGUAUUCUAUAUUGUUGAAUUUGUAGGCUGGAACUUCAGAAACAUGUUUACCAUAAUUAUUCUAUGGAAAAAAAUAAAGCAGUAUCAUUUUUUUUUUUUUGUCAGCAAGGCAACAGAGUUAUUUCCAUUGUGCUUGAAGUAUAUUCUUUCUGAUAUGUUUUGAACAUAGCAGUUCUGGUCCUCUGGUUUCUACGGUAUUUAGUUUUGUCCACAUUUGGGCAACAGAGCUGUAAUUAAUCUGAGCUGUCAGCUCAUCUGAGUUAUCCUGUUCUCCCUGACUUUAUUAUGGCUGUUCCUCCGUGGUUUAUUUGCAUGAAUAUUUGCACUGCCAUCCCAUAAUCUCACACGUGCUUGAGAGGUGCAGCUGGGGAAGCAGCAUUUCAGAACUGCCAUGCGGGUAUGAACAGUUCCAGCCUUUCCACUGCACAGAACAGAACUCUGACUUUCAACAGUGUUUCACUACCAGGUACUGUACUAAUUCAGGUGGCUUUUUAAACCACACCAAGUCCACAGUCACCAGGUGACUGUUCCAUCAAUGUUCAAUGCAUUGGCACACAACAAACUUGACUGUGUUUUAUACAUCACUGUGAUUAUGGGCUGCUCACAGCACAUGGAUGUGGAUGU